AGGGUACCUACAAAUCUGAUGGGCCUUCUUUUUUUAACAGGCUAAAAAGUUAUCCGAGGGAGGAAGGAUUCUAUCCUUUAUUCACUCUCACCUUUCUCUCUUCUUUCCCUCUCACCCCUACAGAAACAAAAAUCUAGCGCCAACCAGAAGAAGAAAAAACAAGUUGUUGAAGAAGAGGGCGCGGUCAGGAGAGCCGAGACGGUGAAAGCUGUGAGAUGGGGGUCGCCAACACCUCGUGGGUUGCUGGACAAGCAAUACCCAUGCUCCAAUUCAGUCCCUUUUGUUGCUUCGAUUUAUCCACCAAGAAAUCUAAUGAUUCGAAGCUGACUUUGAGUUGGGGUUUUGCUGUACAGAAUCAGGGCAAGCUUUCACUUACUUCAUCUAGGAAUCCCAGGAAUUCUACCUUGUUUUGUCGCUGCAGAGGAAAUGGCAAUACUAGCGACUACAGUGAUAGCAACUCAUCGUCAUCAUCGUCAUCAUCAUCUUCUUCUUCCUUGGAAUGGGAUUGGAGUAGGUGGAGUCGUUAUUUCUCUGAAAUGGAACAGGCAGAAAGCUUUGCCUCUGUUCUUAAGUUUCAACUUGAAGAGGCUGUUGAGAAAGAAGACUUUGAAGAAGCUGCAAAAUUGAAACUGGCUAUUACCGAAACUACACAAAAGGACAGUGUUGCUGAAAUCAUGUACCAGUUGAAGAGUGCAAUAGAGGAGGAGCGGUACCAGGAUGCGUCGAUGCUGUGUAAAUGCACAGGAAGUGGACUGGUGGGCUGGUGGGUGGGGUACUCUCAGGAUUCAGAUGAUCCCUUUGGCCGACUAAUACGCAUAACUCCUGGCGUUGGGAGAUUUAUUGGAAGGGGUUACAGUCCAAGACAGUUGGUUACUGCAUCGCCAGGAACUCCAUUGUUUGAGAUUUUUGUUGUCAAAGAUGAAGAGAGAUAUGUCAUGCAGGUUGUGUACUUGCAACGAUCCAAAGGAAAAUCGUUAAUCUCAACAAGUCAACCAUCAGAGCCUUCAAAUAGCCCUUCCACAUCUGGAAUCAAGAAUCAAGCUACUGUAGACGUUCCAGAGAAUGAAGCCACGAAGGAGAAAAGUGAGGAGAAGAGCAUUACUACGGAAGAAGCUACUGAGGAGGGAAUAAAGGGAGUGAUAAAUUUUUUGAAAGAGAAAAUUCCGGGAUUAAAAGUUAAAGUAAUGAAUAUCAAUGUUCCCGAGGAAGUCAUUGAAGACGCUAACUCUGUCAAGCAAUUGAUGCAAGAAGACAAUGAGAAAACGGGGACUAGUGGGAAUUCUGAUGAUGCAAUGGAUAAGUUAGAUGAGAUUAAGCCCGAGACAGUUUCCUUAGGUGAGAAUAGCGAUGCCGGUGACGACGAAAAGGAAUUAGAUAUAAAGCUUUAUAUUGGUGGGGUUGUACAUAACAGUGAAGAGACUCCUACCAAGGAUGAGUUUGUACGCCAUCCUGCUUAUAUUAAGGAUAUGGACAGAGAUUCUUUUGUGCUGCAUAAUCCUGGGAGAGGCGUAGAUCUUGAUGCUACAGACAAUAAAGUCUCAAAGGUCAAAGUGGCAGCUUUAACAGCCCAAGGUGUUUCUGAGCUUAUGCCAGCUGAUGUCGCCAAGGCAUUUUGGGGUGUUGAUAAGGUUUCCCCAAAGAUUUCGAGGAAUGUUCGGGAGAUAGUCAAACUGACUGUCAGUCAAGCACAGAAGCGGAGUAAACUAUCUGAAUAUACUACUUUCAGUCGGAUUACCACAUCGAGGGGAGACCUAGAUCCAUUUGAUGGUCUCUAUGUUGGUGCAUUCGGCCCUUAUGGCACUGAGGUGGUGCAGUUGAGGCGAAAAUUUGGACAUUGGAAUGAUUUGGACAACAAGGACAAGACUUCAGAUAUGGAGUUCUUUGAGUAUGUAGAAGCAGUAAAGUUGACUGGUGAUCUUAAUGUUCCUGCUGGCCAGGUCACUUUUCGGGCUAGAAUUGGGGGAGGAACCCGCACCGCCAACCGUGGAAUGUAUCCAGAUGAACUGGGAGUGGUUGCUAGUUAUAAAGGUCAAGGAAGAAUAGCUGAAUUUGGGUUCCGAAAUCCACAAUGGGUUGACGGAGAACUUUUCCAACUAAACGGCAGGGGUAUCGGUCCAUACGUCGAAGGUGCAGAUCUCGGGUUUCUCUACGUCGUUCCUGAACAAAGUUUCCUUGUACUCUUCAACCGCUUGACGUUACCAGAGUGAUGCAUGCUUGAUUCUUGCCUCAUGCCUAGGUUCAGUUUCCUUUCCGAAUCAGAGGAACGGCAAUGCCCGACUUCCCUUCCGAACCGGACGAACGUUCUAGUCUCUGUAACGAAAGGUUCGAGCAAAGAAGAGUCUUCCUUCCAGAUACGUAUUUCCCCCCAGCGCUUCUUUGAUAUCAAAUUGUGAUGAUUUAGCAUAGAAGGGUUGUUUUCCUGAGAACAUAUUUGAGUGAGAUGUAGUGAAUAAUAGGGGAAAUAUACAUUGAAUGAAGCAUAGAAAGUAUAGGUGUUGCUUCUUCAUGGAUGCCCAAGUUUUGUUAUGGGAAGCUUUUGAAAGCAUUGGUAAAGGACAAGGUUGAUUGGAAAUGAAAAGUAAAGAGAGUAGGCUUAAAAGCAGAAAAGGCAUUGGUAGUGCUUCCUCUUUCGAUGAUCUGUCAAGAAGAGGGAGGGGAUGCUUUUGUCGGGUGUGUUGCGUGUUGUAAAGGAAGUGGGCAAGUAAGGAAGGUCCACUACAUAACAUUACAAAAAUGAUGCCUUUAUGAAUAUACUAUGGAUGCGAGAGGGAGACUGA